AUGGAACAAGUCCCCACCAAGCAGUUAUUUGUUAGACCAAUCAGAGAUGACGUCCGGGAGGACGAUCUUAUCGAAUUUUUCUCGACAGCAGCACCAGUUGUCGAAGUGCGUCUUAUGCAGGGCUACGCAUUUGUCAGUUUUCAGACUGAAGACGAAGCUGAUGCUGCUUUAAAGAAAAUGGACGGUCAAGAGCUUAAUGGGGAGCAACUCCAAGUGGAGUUUGCAAAACCUAAAAAAGAGGUUCAUCGAGUAAAGCUUACUGGUUUGAUCGAUGGUACGGCUUGGCAAGAUAUUAAAGACUUUGUUAGAGACAAAACUGGCACUGAGCCAAGUUUUGUCAGAGUCUUUACGAAUGAAUCUGGUACUGUUUGUGAUUUACAGUUUGAAUCUAGAGAUGACUUAGAAAAAGCCAUUCCAUUGUUGGAUAAGUCUACGUUUGGCGAGGUCACUAUUGGUGCUGAAGAAGACACUUCCCCAUAUGUUCCACCCCCAAGAAGAGGUGGUUUUAGAGGUGGAAGAGGUGGUUUCAGAGGUGGUUUUGAUCGCGGAUACGGCGGUGGAAGAGGUGGUUUUGAUCGUGGAUAUGGUGGUGGAAGAGGUGGCUUUGAUCGUGGAUACGGUGGCGGAAGAGGAGGCUAUGGUGACAGAGGUGGAUUCAGAGGAGGAAGAGGUGGUUAUGGUGACAGAGGUGGAUUCAGAGGAGGAAGAGGAGGUUAUGGUGAUAGAGAUGGUGGCCGCAGAGGAGGAUACGACCGUGGUGGGUAUGAGGACAGACAAGGCUCUUCAUACCACCGUGAGAGAUCUCCUAACAGAUUCUAA